UGUUGAAAAGGUUGUGUAACAGGUGAGCGUUAACACUCAUCUACAAAUACAGAUGAGUGUGAGAGAACUUGCUGGACCUAUUAUCCGCCAUGAUCAGACAAUGUGACGUGUGAUAGAAUCAGCCGCUAGUAUAGAUACAGCUAUAAAUACAGCUGCAGGUAUUCGGUGCCUUCAGGGCUCGCUAUAACAGGCAGUCAGCUGGUCGCAUGUCAGCACCCAGUGCUGCUGCUGCGCCGGCGGCCGCUGCUGCUGCAGGACUUUGGUGUAACUCCCAGUCCCAGUUUGUGGACGUCUCUGUCCAGCAGCCAAGCAGUUCACUGAGGUAAGAGAGACGGCUGGAUCGGCUUACGGCUAUUUUUUAGAUGUGGGAAUGUAGCACAUCCCCUUCUCCUGAGUGGCUUGUGAUUGGAGCUGGUGCAGAAACCCCCCCCCCCCCGUGUGCAGCUCAGAGCAGUGGAGGUGAAUGUGCUCGGACAGGAUUAAACGUAGUUGAGGCUACUACUAACGCAGCAGAAGAAGAAGACUGAGGUCCACUCUUAACUUCUUUGGGUCCUGACCCGGCCCGUGACAGGGAACCAGUCAGCUGGGAGCACAGCUGUCUUCACAAGGCUAACUCGCCUUGCAGGGACGAACCGCUGUUUGAUGGAGUUUGUGCGGCAGAGCGGCGACUACUGCCACGCCCAACACAUUUAGACGGUGCUGGAGAUGAAGGUGCUGCGUGCAGCCCCGCGGCCCUGAGUCCCGAGCGACCCCUGGCCUUUUGCCCGCUGCACCAGCCAGCUCAUGGGGUAAGAAGCGGAGCCCUGACACGGGAAGCCAACCGAGGAGGGAGCUGCCGGGAAAGACAAGGACUGGACGGAGACAUAGACACAAAGAGACACACGAUGUAGCUGCCUGGACUAAUGCACUCAGUCAACUGAUGGACCUCAGAGUGAAAACACCUUAAAUUUAAACAGACUGGGAAUCCAGAAUAACGUGGAGAGCUGGUAUCAGCUGAGGACAAAGCUGCUGCUACAGCUGGAGAUAAAGCUUUGAGAGGAGGCCUAAUUAAACAGCAUAAGUGGAAACACCUGCGCUGGUUCGUCAUGGUGAAAUGUGGCUUCACCUACACAUUUCAUUACUUUGUUAAAGGUUCUCAUGUUACAUGACUGGAAACACGAUUAAAGGUCGUCCUGGGGUGUCGCAGGUCACGCUGGCCACCAUGAACCGUCCAGCUCCAGUGGAACUGUGCCACAAGAACAUGCGAUUCCUGAUCACACACAACCCCACAGACAGCACCCUCAACUCCUUCAUUGAGGACCUGAAGCGUUAUGGCGUUACCACAGUGGUUCGAGUCUGUGACAGCACUUAUGACAAAACCCCACUUGAGAAAGACGGCAUCACCGUCGUGGACUGGCCCUUUGACGAUGGAGCUCCACCCCCUAGUAAACUGGUGGAUGACUGGCUGAGUCUGCUGAAGAAGAAGUUCCAGGAGGAUCCGGGAUGCUGCGUGGCCGUUCACUGCGUGGCAGGUCUGGGAAGAGCCCCUGUCCUGGUUGCUCUGGCUCUGAUAGAAAGUGGAAUGAAGUAUGAAGACGCCAUUCAGCUGAUCAGGCAGAAGCGUCGUGGAGCGAUCAACAGCAAACAGCUGACCUACCUGGAGAAAUAUCGAUCCAAGCACAGACUGCGCUUCAAGGACUCUCACGCUCACAAGAACAAGUGUUGUACCAUGUGAACCCAAACAAACACCCUCAGCAAACGCUCUCAGGAAUCCAACCACACAAGCCUUGUCUCGCUGUCCCUGAGUAUAACAGUCAAAUACUACACCCACCUCAUCAUCCCGCGUGUCCACUGGGCAUUUUGAAUGUUCACAUGUGUUUUAUGUUUACUUGUUAUAUAAUUUACAGGGAGGAAAGUAGAAUAAGAUAGAUGGCAGACAGAAAAUGUUAAUGCAAAUGGUAUAAUGAGCUUUGUACAUAACUUUUCAGGUAUGAGUAAUACUAGAAAUAUAUCACAGGGCAAAGUGCAUAAAAAUGAAAAUACACGUGCACAUACUGUAUGUCUAAGGUACUGGCCUUCAAAACCUCAAGUGAUAUCGGAUUUGUAAACAUGCCAUAAAGGUUUAAACUUCACCGCAAUCAGGGUUUAUGAUUGCUUAUGCAGCAUUUCAGUAAGGAUUUAAGUAGAUGGUGAAGAAAACCCAUUAGACACUAGUUCAAAUUUGGGAAAUUAGAAAAUAAGCACUAUCAGUAUGAGAGCUCUACGUUGUUCAUCUCAUUUACACUGUGUUUGUGUUGUCAAUGAAACUGUUUAUACUGUUUACUAUAAUGGCCUCUUUAAAUCUCUGCAUUCUGUUGCUAUUUCUCUAUCACAGCGAUUGCUAUGACAACCUGCUCUUUCAUAGAAAUCACCAUGCAUUUGUUUUGGCACAGUCCCAGUUUAUUUGUUAUUAUAUACACUUCGCUCAACUGUUUACAUAUGUGAGUGCAUUACCUUAUGCUCUGUUUGACAACACCCACAGAACGAAACAUUAGUAAAAUCUUUUAUAAUAAAUUUAAGUAAAAGAUUUUUAAAAUUUCUGCAAAAUACACAACGAAUAUAAAUAUUAUACAAGGGCUCUGAACUACGUACUAUAAUCACUCCACAUGCACAAAGAUCAUAUGAUUGAUGGUGUUUUCUCUGCUCUUAUCACAAAUGUUGUUGUGCAUCCUUACAUUAUUUAGAGGCUUCACUACAAAUUCUGGCACAUAUUUGCUUGUGGAAUUGAUUUAUUCAUUUUUUUGUUCCUGAAUGAUGCAUGUAAACAAAUGUGUCUAAAAUUAAUAUUUGAAGCUUCUGUUUGCUGACGAUAGAGAAUGCUUAGUACUGUAUAUUGCUUCCAAUGAUGUCACCUCAUCAACAAUAUAUUGAAAUCUGCAGAACCUUUUCCAAAAAAUCUAGUGGCAGGACAGAAUUUUUAGUCAUCAACUUUCAUAAAGUCAGUUAUUUUGUAAAUAUAGGCAAAGUUAGUUUGAUGCCCGCAAUACAGUACAAAAACAGAUUUGAAUUAAAUAUAUUUUUUGUAAAUGUGGUUUAUGCAGCAUGGCCUCAUGUCCUGAACAAUGAUUUGUGAAAAGGAGGAUUACAAAGUUAAAAUGGUAAAACUGUUCAUUUUUUUUGUUCAAAAAGUGUGAGUGUGUUAAAUUAAAUAUGUGUGUGUGACUUGACAAAUGCUGUAAAUGUUUGUAUGCCUGUAAAUUUCCCAAUUGUUUAAUAAAUGAAAUAAAUUGAA